AUGAAAGAGCUUAUUGAUAAAGUGAACUUUCAAAAUUUGGAAGAGAAUUAUAAUGCUAAGAAAAUAUAUGUAACUAAGAAAAUACCUUUUAAUGUUAUACUGAAUAAACAAAAACAGGAACAAGAUAAAAAAGAAGACAAUAAAUUAUUUAAAGCUGUUAAAACAUAUUAUUUUACGAAGUUAAAAAGAAAAACAUUUUUUUUCUUAUUAAAUGAAUAUUAUAAAUCACAAAGUAUACUGUAUUUUUUUAAAUUAAGAGAUAUAGAUCGAAAGAGAAAAUGGGUUUUCUAUUCCUUUUUAAAAAAUAAAUUGCAGGGAAAAAUCAAAAGAUGUGUUAUGAACUCUUUAAAUAAUUUUACUGAUGCAGCGACAAGAUUUUAUAUAAAAUUAAAAUGUUUUAAUAUUCUUAAAAAGAACUUUUUGAAUACCAAAAGGAUAUAUUUAAGAAUAAAAAAGAAGAGAAUAAACAUUAUUAUUAUUAACAUAUUUUAUAAAUGGCUUGACUUAUCUGUAAUGCAUUUACAUAAGAAAUAUGAAAAGGCAAAAGAUUAUUAUAUUUUAAGAAAAAAGAGCAGGAUUUUUAAUUUAUGGAAAAGAAUAAUAAAUGACAACAAAUUUUUUAAAAAAAUUGAUAUAGUUUUUUUAAAAUUGGAAGAAAUUGCAAACUCCUGGGAACAAAAAUAA